AUGGAACCUGGAGGCCUUGCUUCCAAUUCCGCUUCCACUUCCGCUUCUGCCUACCGGCAUGAUCCCAUAGGAGGAACGGAUGAUGUAAGUCUCGUGCGAACAUGCCAUCUAUGUGGGAAAGCUACUUGUGGACAGCGAAAAGGAAGAGUUCGCUGUGCCUACUGCAAACGUAUAUUCUGCUUACAGCAACUGUUCAAAAAAUUUAAAAUAAAAGCUAGUGUAGAGGAUAAAGAUUUUAAGUGUCCUCGAUGUCAAGGUAUUUGUUGUUGCGUUUCAAAUUGCCAACGCCCCCCUCCCCAUGUUCACUGCAAAGUGUAUAAGGUGCGACAAAACAAGAAGAAGCCGGUCACUGCCCAAACCGUAGAUUUAAAACAAUCUCGAAUUCCUCCCCCGCUCACUGUAAAGACGGAACCGCCACCUAUCGAUUCGUCGUUACCCUCAAUUCAAGCUUUUUCGCCUUUUCCAAAUCCUAGCCUUUCGGCUCAAGAUCUCUAUUCUGAGACAAUGAACGAUAGUGUUCAGCAAUCCUACACGUUCGGAUCCUCCGCAGUGCCUGGCUGUAAAUCCUCGACUCAUGAACUCAAGUCUAGUGCAACAUAG